UUCGUGUUCGUCCCGCUCAUGGCGCAGGGCCACCUGAUACCGGCGGUGGACACCGCGCUGCUGCUGGCCACCCACGGCGCGGUCUGCACCAUCGUCGCCACGCCGGCCACGGCGGCGAGGGUGCGCCCGACCGUCGAGUCGGCCAAGGGGUCCGGCCUGCGCGUCCGGCUCGCGGAGUUCCCGCUCGACUACGCCGGCGCCGGCAUGCCGGAGGGUGUGGACAACAUCGACAACGUCCCGGGCGAGUUCAUCGCGCGCUACUUCCUCGCCGUGGCGCGGCUCCGCGCGCCGGUCGAGCGCCACCUCCGCGCCGGGGCGCCGUACCCGACGUGCGUCGUGUCGGACUUCUGCCACCCGUGGACGUCGGAGCUCGCCGCCGGCCUCGGCGUGCCGCGGCUCACCUUCUUCAGCAUGUGCGCCUUCUGCCUCCUCUGCCAGCACAACGUGGAGAGGUUCCACGCCUACGACGGCGUCGCCGACGACAACGAGCCGGUGGUCGUGCCUGGCCUUGCGAGGAGGUUCGAGGUCACGCGCGCGCAGGCCCCGGGCUUCUUCCGCAACCCCGGGUGGGAGAAGUUCGCCGACGACGUGGAGCGCGCCCGCGCCGAGGCCGACGGCGUUGUCAUGAACACCUUCCUCGAGAUGGAGCCGGAGUACGUCUCCGGCUACGCAGACGCCAGGGGGAUGAAGGUCUGGACCGUCGGGCCGGUCGCGCUCUACCACCAGAGCACCGCGACGCUGGCGGCGAGAGGGAACGCCGCCGCCAUCGGCGCCGACGAGUGCCUCCAGUGGCUCGACGGCAAGGAGCCCGGCUCCGUCGUGUACGUCAGCUUCGGCAGCAUCGUGCACCCGGAGGAGAAACAGAUCGUGGAGCUCGGCCUCGGGCUGGAGGCGUCGGGGCAGCCGUUCAUCUGGGCGGUGAAGAGCCCCGACCACCACGGCGAGGCGUCGCUCGCCUUCCUGCGGGAGCUCGAGGCGCGGACGGCCGGGCGCGGCCUGAUCAUCCGCGGGUGGGCGCCGCAGGCGCUGAUCCUGUCCCACCGCGCGGCGGGCGCGUUCGUGACGCACUGCGGGUGGAACUCGACGCUGGAGGCGGCGGCGGCGGGGCUGCCGGUGGUGGCGUGGCCGCACUUCAGCGACCAGUUCCUGAACGCGAAGAUGGCGGUGGAGGUGCUCAGCAUCGGGGUGGGCGUCGGGGUGGAGGAGCCGGUCGUGUACCGGGCGGACAGGAAGGAGAUCGUGGUCGGGAGGGCGACGGUGGAGGCGGCGGUGAGGAGCGUCAUGGACGGCGGGGAGGAGGGCGAGGCGAGGAGGCGGCGGGCGCGCGCACUGGCGGCGCAGGCGAGGGCGGCCAUGCGCGAGGGGGGCUCGUCGCACGCCAACCUCGUGGAUUUGGUCGCCCGCUUCCAGCCUCGCGAUGUGGUAAAUGGCACGACGACAACGACGCCGCCGCGUCCGUGACACGCGAUGUUCUCUGUUUGAUUGAAAUGUCCUGCCCUGCACUCCUGUGUCACAUUAAUAUCGUCAAGUCAAAU